AUGUAUUUUAGUUUUACUUUAUACAGCCACGAUAGAAUUUCUUGUUGUACCACUGAUUCCGAUUUUUUUGGAUAUAAUAAAACCAUUAAAUGAAUCUCGACCAAGAAACAUUUAUAUGGACACCGAUUACUUGAUAGAUCAAAAUGACAAAAAUAAUUAUAUAGCAAUAGCGAUGCAUCAUUGGCCGGUAUCUUUUGCAAUAAUGACACUCAUUUUAGCUGUCGAUGGAAUCUUCAUUGUUUUUAUUUGCCACGCAUGUGGACAAUUGGAAAUAUUAGGAGCAAAAAUAAAAAAUAUUGUUAAAACAGAUUAUAGUGUAUCAAUUUCUGGCGAGAAAAUUGUACAAAAGGAAAUUAAGCUCUGUAUUGAAAGACACAAAUCUGUUAUAAUGUUUGUAUUUUAUAUUCCAUUACUGAUUUUUUUUUUUUUUUUUAUAUUUGCAAAAUUAUUAAGCCUACGGAUGGACAACCGUUUUCAAGUAAGAAAGAAAAUUCUACUUUUCUAUAAUGUAAUAACAUUAUUUUUUACAAGGUUCGUUAAUGAGAUUCGUGAUUGUUUUUCAAUUUCUCAUUUUUUGAGUUUGGGAUUAAAUGUAUUAAUGAUAAGCUUCACAGGAGUUCGGUUAGUCAUGUAUUCAAAUGAACCCAGUGAAACGUUUGCCACUUUUACGUACAAUAUGGGUCAAAUCUUUCGUUUCUUUUGUUUAACAUUGCCCAGUCAACGUUUAAUUGACCAAAGUAAUCAACUUUCUCAGAAUAUAUAUGAAAGCUACUGGUAUAAUUUAUCACCAGCGUCGAAAAAUUUACUGAAAAUAAUAAUGCUGAGAUGCAGAAAACCCAUUAAUUUUACAGCAGGAAAAUUGUACUCAUUUUCUAUGAGUAAUUUCGGUAUUAUGAUGAAAACGUCCAUAUCAUACUUUACAGUUCUGCUAUCACUGAGGGGUUAAGAUUCUAUAAAGAAAUAUUUUUCAAC